AGUAAGAGAAGGAGAGAGAGAGAUUGAGUUCAGUCUGCGGGGAUAAAACAAAAAAACAAAACAAAACAAAACAAAAAAAAGCAGACCAAAACUAUGGACAGGAGGACGAACUUUGGGGACGUUUUUCACAAAACUCUAAGCGUCUCGGGUAAAAAGAUGGACUCGUUGCGCGCUCCCGGGUCCGAGCCGCCGUGCAGAGAGCGCCAGUCUCCGCUCGGAUCUUUCGACCCGCUGGACUCGGACCCGCUUCAGGCUGUCGGGGUGGGAGGGGGCUCUCUGGGCCUCCCUGGUGUCUCCAUGCGGGCGCAGUACGGCGGCGAGGGGGUGAGCGGACAGAGCAGCGGCGGGGAGCAGAGCCCGGACGACGACAGCGACGGCCGGUGCGAGAUGAUGCUGCUGGCGACGGCGCGGGACGCGAGGACGGGUUCUUCUUCCGCGGCAGCGGGGGGAGCGGCCGGGGCGUCGAGCGCGAAGUGCGAAUCGGGCGGCAAGAAGAACCGCGAGCAGAAGAUGCUGCGGCUCAACAUCAACGCGCGCGAGCGGAGACGCAUGCACGACCUGAACGACGCGCUGGACGAGCUGCGGGCCGUCAUCCCUUACGCGCACAGCCCGUCCGUGCGCAAGCUCUCCAAGAUCGCCACGCUGCUCCUCGCCAAGAACUACAUCCUCAUGCAGGCGCAGGCGCUCGAGGAGAUGAGGCGGCUCGUGGCGUACCUGAACCAGGGCCAGGCCGUGUCGCUCGCACCGAGCCUCAGCGCCUACGAGCAGCCGCCCGCCGCCGCCGCGUACCCCCCCUUCCCCACCGGAGCCGCCGCGGCCUCGUCGUGCCCCGACAAGUGUGCCCUUUUCAACAGCGUCACCUCCAGUCUGUGUAAACAGUGUACCGACAAGCCUUAAAACACACACACACACACACCUACACACACACACACACACAUCCUCUGUGACACUCAACCCUGACGCCUGUACGCUGCAUAUUUCAUAUUCCAAACCCGGAUUCUCAACUUUUCUUACGUCGACUAGGAUUUCAGCAGAUCUGCCGCAGUGUGAUUGUUUUCUGUUCUUUUUCUUUCUUUCUUUCAUUCAUUUUUUUUUGUUUAGAUACUUGAUAUCUAAACAAAUAUAUAUGUGUGUGUGUGUGUGUGCGCGCGCGCGUGUGUGUGCUUGCGCACACCAGCGAGUAUGUAUGUAUAUAUAAAGUAAGUGCUGGUGCGAGUGAACUGAAAGCUAUAAAGUCUAUGUGUGAUUGCUGAGAGAGAAUGGACAUUUUAUUUUAUGGGAAUAUGGACCCUGAGACACAGUGAGACACAGUGAGACACAGUGAGCUGCUCCGACCUGGCAACAUGUGAGCAUUCAUUUUACUUUGCCUGCACGAUUUGUUUUUGGGAUCUCCUGUUUAACUAAUGGCUGUCCUGCAAUAAUAAUAAUAAUAAUAAUAAUAAUAAUAAUAAUAAUAAUAAUGUGCUGGAAUUUUGCGUCCAUGUUUACGUUUUGUUGAGUACCGAUGGAGUAAAAAUUGCAGAAAUUAUUGUGAUGAUGGACUUAUUUAUUCUUAUUUUUUCCCAGAACAUCACCAUUGUGCAGGCUGGUUUGAGUUGACUUUGGUUUGAUUUUAGAUUAUUACAUCAGUGUUUUUGCUCUACACCAGGCUUCUUUCUUUAUUUUAUAUUAUUUUCCUCCACUCUCAUGCAGCAGGCUGUGAAUGAGAUUUGGGCUUGGGGCUUGUUGUCAGGUCAUCAUGAUGAGCACUGCAGAUACUGUACAUCCGGUUCUCUAGGACUGCACAGGGCCAUUUGUAUAUGUUG